AUGAACAGUCAAAUAUGGACUGUUGCACAGAAACUGAAAGACAAUAUUAAUGUAACGUAUUCAACUGCAUCGAAACAUAUUGCUGACACGAGUAGUUCAACAGUCGUCCAUAAUGAUCGAACCGGUUUAUUUAUAGCUUUGUUUCUCUCACUUUUACUUCUUAUACUUAUUCUCUAUUUAUUAUACAACUUUUUUUCCUAUCGUUCAUUGUGCAACACGUGUCGGAAAUCAGAAAGAAUUAAUAAGAAGGUAACUGAUAAUAAUAAUAACGCCAGUAUUCAUGAUCAUUUACAAAAUCAACACUUAGAAGAUGACUCUUUUAUUGAUAAUAUUGACAAUACAACACCAACAUUAUCAAAACGUUAUUCUCAAUCGUCUUCUAUUCGCUCUUAUAACAGACAAAAUUCUUAUAAAAUUUCCCCUCAAGCAUCAAAUCUAUUGACGCCACGAUUAUCACAAAUAUUAACUACAGCUGGAGGAGACGAUAGUAAUACGGACAUUGAUUCUUGUAUAAAAACUCUAUUAUCAAAUCAAGAGUUAGAGCCCUAUUCAGCUAAGUUAUUAUCUCGUUCAAUAUCCAAAUAUUACGAAAAUAAGAGAAAGUUAACGCGUUGCACAAGUUUGACUCGUCGAUCUCGAUCAUGCGAACAGUUGAAUGCAUUUAACGAAUUAAACUCUAGAAAAUCAUUAACCAUAAUUAAUCAUCCACAACAUCAUCGACGAGUACUUUCCGAAAGGCCAAAAGGUUAUAGGAAAAGAGAAUAUCUAGCACCAAAGGAUGCUUCGAGAUUGUCGGCAGUUGAGCAUGAUUUUUCAACAGUACCAACAUUAAGAAAUAAUGCUGGUCUCUGGAAAAGUGAGCACUUGAGUAAAAAAGACAGUAAUACGACUAUGACAAGUAGUAUAAAGAGAAAACCACGACGUACAUCGCAACCUCAGAUAGUAUCGCAUCAUCAACGUCAACAUUCAUUGUCUGAUAAACAAAAACCUACAACAAUUUAUGAACUAUUUCGAUCGGAUAAAAUGAGAAUUGCAAAUUUAUUGUAA